AUGUUCUGGACCCAGGAAGGCCUAAAGCCGCGGACGAAGGCUGAUGACUUGAGGCGGGCAUCCAUCUUGCUGAUCGUUUUUCGUCUGAUCCGUACACGACGACACGGAUACCGACAGCAGGUUAUCACCGCGCGUCGAGCUGGCGUGCCGCGCUACUACAUGCAGGAAGCUCGCCGUAUGACAGCCCCGCUGAGCCAUCCACUGCCAAGGUGGUCCAGUGACAAUGCCUACGGCAGAAACCCGAUCGUCACGGGCCUGAUGCUGCUCGUAGCGACUGCCGAAAUCCACGAUUACGCUCGAAUCCUUCGCACCAUUUGA